GCCGCCGCCGCCGCGAGCGGGAGGAGGAGGAGGAGGAGGAAGGAGAGAGAGAAGAAGGGAAGGAGGGAGGCAGGUCCGGUGGCCCUCUCGGGUAGCCCCAGCGGCGAGGGAAAGAUGGCGACGCUGGGAGGCGAGUCGCAGCCCUUCCCCUCUGCUGCUCUGGCGGCGGCAGCCGGGGUGGGCGGCGGCGGCAGCGGCAGCGGAGCGCUGGGUCUGCAGGCGCCGCUGACCCGCGGUCUGGAGCGGGCGCUGGAGGAGGCGGCGCACUCCGGGGGGCUCAACCUGAGCGGCAGGAAGCUGAAGGAGUUCCCGCGCAGCGCCGCCGCCCUCAGCCACGACCUCUCCGACACGGUGCGGGCAGAUUUAUCCAAGAAUAGGUUAACUGAAGUUCCUACGGAGUUGUGCCAUUUUGUGUCACUGGAAACACUAAAUCUAUACCACAAUUGUAUCAAAGUUAUACCAGAUGCCAUAGUAAACUUACAAAUGCUAACUUACUUAAAUUUGAGUCGAAAUCAGCUUUCUUCUUUGCCAGCUUGCCUGUGUGGUCUUCCUCUAAAAGUCUUAAUUGCAAGUAACAAUAAGCUAGGUUCCCUUCCAGAAGAGAUAGGUCAGCUAAAACAGUUAAUGGAAUUGGAUGUCAGCUGUAAUGAAAUCACAGCUUUGCCCCAGCAGAUAGGCCAGCUGAAAUCUUUAAAAGAACUGAAUGUCAGAAGAAAUUACCUCGAAGUUUUACCCCAAGAACUAGUACAGCUUCCCUUGGUAAAGUUUGACUUUUCCUGCAAUAAAGUGCUUGUGAUUCCAAUUUGUUUUAGAAAGAUGGUGCAGUUACAAGUAUUACUGCUUGAGAAUAAUCCUUUGCAAUCUCCACCAGCACAAAUUUGUACAAAGGGUAAGGUGCAUAUAUUCAAAUAUCUGACUGUGCAAGCAUGUCAGAUUAAAACAGCAGACUCGCUGUAUCUUAAUGCCAUUGAACCACAGCAUUUGCCACAACCUGUGGAAGAGAGCAUUGAUGACAUCUAUCCAAGUAAAAAGGACUCAGAUUCAGGUGUUGGUAGUGAUAAUGGUGAUAAACGUUUGUCAGCAACAGAGCCAUCUGAUGAAGAUACUAUCAGCUUUAAUGUUCCAAUGUCGGACAUUGUGGAAGAAGAUCAUAUUAUAAAGGAUGAUUCAGGUCACCAUGCUAACUCAAGAAAAGUGGAAUUCCAUCAAGGAUCUGCUCACACGUUUGUCAAUGAUAAGUCACGAGAAACAGGAAACCAGUUUGAUGAACAGGAUACUCUUACUACUGAAUUUAUGAGCUACAUUAAGAGCAGAGCAGCAGAGUGUGAUGAAUUACUGAGAAUAGAAGAGGACACGCAAUGGCAAGCAGACGAAAUAAUAAAUUUAUCAGAAGAACAAACUAUUGAUAUAGCAAUGAUAGAACAACUAAGAGAAGCUGUAGAUUUAUUACAGGAUUCCAACAGUGGUCAAAUGCACAUGGACAUGUCUUCUCUUGGUCAGAGAGAAAAUGUUGAAGAGGAACUGGAAUUCCAGAGGAGGAGGGACUUGAUUAUGGAGAAAGCAAAGCCUGAAGCAAGACCUUGUGAACAGGGUGAAAAAUGGUCAUUGAGCCAGAAUGAUCUAAUUGUUUGGAACACAAGCGGGCAAACCUCUCACAAUGAGAAUAAGGAUAAAAGUCCAACAAUGUCUCCUACUACAAACACCACAAUCCCUUUUGGCCUGAAGCCUCGAUCAGCAGACCCAUCCCUCAGUUUUCCUCCUAUCUCCUUCAACACACUUACACAGGCACAAACAUGGGACAACUUUAGCUACAGUAUCCCAUCUGAAGGAGACAGUGACAAUGUGUUCUUAAGACCACAAAGAAAUUUGGAAUCAAUAGACCCACAGUUCACAAUUCGAAGGAAAAUGGAGCAGAUGAGAGAAGAGAGAGAGCUUGUGGAGCAGCUACGUGAGAACAUAGAAACAAGGCUAAAGAUCUGUUUGCCCGAGGACCUGGGCUCGGCCCUGAUGGACGGCGUCGUUCUGUGCCAUUUAGUGAACCACGUCCGCCCUCGCUCUGUCGGCAGCAUUCAUGUGCCCUCACCAGCAGUACCUAAACUUAGCAUGGCCAAAUGCAGGAGAAACGUGGAAAACUUUUUGGAUGCAUGUAGAAAACUGGGGAUACCAGAGGAGAAGCUCUGCCUACCACAUCACAUCCUAGAAGAAAAGGGCUUGGUAAAAGUGAGCAUAACAGUUCAAGCAUUGCUAGAUGUAACCACAGUGAAACAAGCUUUAUUCACAUGAAACUACUCUCUCUGCUGUUACCAGCUACACUGUGCCAUGAACGAAUCAAAAAGCUGCCCAUUUUUACAAACUGCAUUGAAAACAACUCCAGUACUCCAAGAGUAUUCUUGUGAUUUUAAACCCGUGUUUCAGACUGUACAUAUGUGUCAAACUACGAAGCAGAAACUGAACAGAAACAUUUUCUAGAGGAAGUUGGCAUUUCGCUGCUUUUCUAGCUCACUUUGUACAGUACUUACUAAAACAACACCUCUCUGCCACUUAAAAUCGUGUGGAGUACACAGCUGUCUUGCAGCAAGAUACUUUGUAUUACUAAACUGAGAAUCACUGUAAUCACCUGGGGGGAGGGAGAAGGGAGAGUAAAUCAGACUGCUACCACCUUAGGUUUUUCUGCAGUUGCUUCAGGCUAUUGCCUUUUAAAAAUAUUCAGACAUUAAAUAUUUA